AUGGAGCCAAAGGUUCCCUCUGGACUGUUGACGAUGUCCCAGUCCCCCAGCGAGCUACUGGGACGAGGAAAACUGGACGUCACAGCAAUCAAGAGUUUCUGGCAAGCUUUUUAUGUCUCACGGCAGGCCAGCAACACUCAGACUGAUCGUCGACUCGAGUAUUUGUUCUGGAGAAUAUGGAGUAGCGAGACCCUUCAGGACGACGCCAGCAUCGAGUCUCUGGAUCGUUUGGUGUCACGGAUUAUGUCCUCCAGUGAAACGAUCAAACCGCAUGUCCACCCAUCAUCUGAGCCCGCGCUACCUUCUCCAGGGCUCCUAACAGCUCCACGACCCAUACGACACACUUCAUCCAAGUCUCAGUCGGCUACUCGCUCAAAGAGCCCGCUCCCUCCAAUCCUGAAAAAGCCCCAGAGUGUGCAAGGCGACGUGCCAAAAUCAGCUCGUCUUCUUCUGGAGAAACCUGACGGUGAAAGCGUCACCCUCAAUCCCUCAACCCCUCCUAACCCAGGCUCGACUGAACUAAAUGUGAGACGCAACUCAGCAGGCGGCAAGACGUCGAAGAAGCCCCAAACGAACUCUAGUCGCCCAGGCCGAGGCCCGCGUCGUCGAUCGGUAUUCAAUCGCCGCAAAUCAUCACAACCAGCUAUUCCCAAGGCCAACCCACCUCUGAACCAGCGACUGGUGAGCUCACAUCCAGCUAGGCUCGACGACCCAAUUGACCCACUGUUGAACGCCGACCUCAUGUCUCCCCACGAGCUGUCGCAUGCAGAGAUUCACGCCGGAGUCGAGCCAGAGGACAGCUGGGCAGACGAAGAAUCAGUCGAUCCUAUCAUUACAAGACCCAGCAGGCUAGCCGCGUCGCCAGCAACAAGUCUCACGGAGCGUACCCACCCCUUAAGAACCCUGAGAUCAGCCCUGCUGUUCUCGAAAUCGCAGACAAGCAAGACCCCAUUCUUCCCCAAGGGAUUCAAACGUUUCUCUGAUGCCUUUCCCGGCACCCCCAUGGAAUCUAUCUCAAGCACCGAUACCUUGCCAGGCAUCUUCCUCGAAACCGCUAGAAGCGGGGAGAUACCCGGCCUGAUCAACGCCAAGCGCGUCCCCAUGCCUAGGAGCAUGGUAAAUGACCUUCUCGAUAUAAUCGAAAACCCCAAGCCUGUGAAGGGUCGAAUCCCUCUCCCCGUCCGCCCCUGGCUCCUCGCUGAACACGCUUGGUACCGUUUACCAGAGCAACACUACCUCUUCGACUGGAUGAUUCUCGAGAAACCGACUCUAUAUGAACAGCCUUCGGAGAGACGGCUCGUUGAGCGCGAGUUCAGACAGGAUUUCGCAGAUCAGAUGGAGUACCAGAUUGGGAUGCUUGCUGAAAUUGAGCAAGCGAGGCAAGUGGCUCUUGCGUUGGAGCAAAGCCCGACCCGGGAGACCUGGAAAGAUAGUUGGGACUCUGAUAUUCCGACUCUGGCUCAUAGCUCGCGUGAGGCUAUCUUAUCGGAGUACGCGGAGUCGAAUUGA